CUCGCCCCACUCUCCAGCUCUCGAACCUCGCGCUCGCAUCCCUACUCCGUCUAACAGGUCUGUAAACAUGUCGCUCAGUCAGUGGUGGGAGCAGCUAGAGGAGGAGGCGCUGCAAGAGGAGGCACAGGACGUUCAGGCUCGCUACGCCGGCCAAUUCGCCUCUCAGCGCACAGCAGGCCCCCCACUCGGCCCCUCUGGCCCGGCCAAGCGCCAGGCGGCCGCCGCGGCCGGCGGCCGCGUGGCUCCCGUGUCAGCACCCCCUCGCGGCCCUGGCCCCAUCCUGCAUCGCAAACAGCCCUCUCGGCCACAACCCGACCCCCAAGGUGCGGAGGUCGUGGGUUUCUGGGAGGAUAACCCGGGAGAAGUGGUCGGGGUAGCCUCGCCAGCGCCACAGGCGCCUCAGCAGCAGCCGCCCCCCGGGCAGCCGCAGCCGGCGGCCGCGCCCCCUCGCAUGCGGGGCCGCCUUCGCGCUCGGGCACCGGUGUGGAAGGCUUGGAUCGUCAACUCGCUCGUCCUGUCCUGGGUCCUACAAGGCUUUCCCCUUAUCUGGGAGCACAACCCUCCGCCACCUUUCUCGGCUGGCAACCACGCCUCGGCCGAGAAGCACGCGGCCUUCGUGGACUCGUCCAUCGCCGACAUGCUCGCCUCCAACACCAUUCGGAAGUGGGUCGGCACGCCUCACAUGGUCUGCCCCCUCGGUGUGGUGGAGCAAGGCGAAAAAUUGCGGCUCAUUUGGGACGGGCGCGCCGUGAACGAUUACCUCCAUGUUCCAUCCUUCCGCUACGAGGACCUUCGCGCGGUGCCCAACUGGCUGCGAAAAGACGACUACGUCUUCACGUUGGACCUCAAGAGCGGCGAUCACCUCGACAUUCGGCCCGACUGCUGGAAGUACCUCGGUUUUUGCUGGCGCGGGCAAUUCUACGUCUUCACGCAACUGCCGUUCGGGCUCGCCAGCGCCUGCUGGGCGUUCACCAAGCUCAUGCGCCUGCACCCCUUGCCUCCUUGUCUGCGUAUGCUUGCGUCCCUUGCCGCCCCUGCGGAGGAUUCGUUUGCGUUGGCUGCGUGUGGCUUCCUGGUGUCGCACGGCAUGCACCGCACGCGCCCAUGCCGACCGCAGUGCGACCGGGAUGAGCCAUGCAGCGAUCGCGCUGUCGUUACUUCCUCGGCCGCCCGCCGCCCUUGCUCAUUUAUUUAACCGCAUCCAUCACGUCCCCGUAUUUAA